UCAGUCUGACAGGUUAAUGUGUAUGGGUUAGCCUUCAGUUUCUUAGGGCAAAUAGCGACAAUAACGAAAUUCUAAAGCAAUGGCGUCUCCGUGGUGUGUAUUUUGUUCGAUAAUGUGUAAUUAAUACUAAGUGGUGCGCGGGUUUCGUGUGUGUGAAAAAAAAGAUCCAUCGAUAUGGGCAGCGAAUGCUGCAAGUGCCAUUCCGAUAAUCGAGAGCAUACCAGGAAUAGUUCGCUGAUUUCGUCCAAUUCGGGUUACUAUGUUCGCAGGACUCGAAAUAAUCAACGAUCAUUUACCACCGAACGAUACAAACCGUAUAAUUCGCGAAAAAAAUCAUCAUUAAUGAUACGUCAACUGACACUCGACGAUUCCGGACAUUAUUGCGCAGAGUCCGAAGAUUCUUAUGGGACAAGUUUGUUAGCGUCUAUUGAUUUAAACGUCGACAAAAAAUUAUCCGAAGUUCCAACCUUUUUAAAACGAUUGCACGAUGUAUCAGCAAAAAUUGGAGCAAGGAGUAGAUUUCUGGUAGAGAUCGACGGACUGGUACCAUUCAAGGUAACGUGGUACCGUGAUAAUCAACUGCUUAGAGAAAACGAACGAUUUACUUUCCUCGACAAGAAUAAAUACUACUGCUUGGAUAUUGCUUGGACAACUCUACAAGACGAAGGCCAUUGGACUUGUAUAGCAGAGAAUAAAUAUGGCUGUAGUGUCUCUUCAGCAUACCUCACAAUCUUAGUUCCCAAAGCUUACCGAUCACCUCAGUUUGUCGAAGACUUGAGAGCCAUUUUAUCAGAAGAUGGAGCGGUAUCGCUAGAGUGCAAGGUGAUUGGAGUCCCUACACCGACUCUAUUAUGGUACAAAGAUGGAAAGAAAAUCAAAGCAGGAGAUACAUUUGCCCUGAGAGCUGAUUCCAACGACGUAUCAUCCUUGGGAACGUACUCUUGCGUAGCUAAAAACUGCCUCGGACAAGCCUUCUCGUCAUCCAGCGUACACAUUCAAAAAGAUCACAUUUCUAGCGACAACAGUGUGUUCCCCCUUGGUCCUCGUCCAAAGUUUAUUCGCGAAUUGCAAAACGCCGAAGCCCAUAUCGAAGAACCACUCACGUUAUCCUGCCAAGUGGUGGUACCUCCUUGGCCCAAGACAAUUGACUGGUAUAAUAAAAAUGGUAAGAUUUCCGAAGAUAGCAGGUACAAACUAUUAGCUGAUGGAUUAGGUAUGUACGGAUUGGAAAUCAAAAGUGUUGAAAUGAUCGACGAUGGCGAGUGGAAAUGUGUUGCCACCAGUUUCUUUGGUAUCAAAGCCUACACUUCGUGCUACGUCACAGUAAAAUUUCCAAAAACUUACAAGACGCCAAAAUUUCUGGAAAAUCUACAAGCCGUUAUGACACCUGAAGGGCUCGUAUCUUUUGAAUGUAAAGUCAUAGGGUACCCAACACCACAACUACGAUGGCUCAAGGAUGGUAAAGAACUCAGACCCGGUGACGUUUAUCAACUUACUGGAACAAAUUCCUUAGGAAGUUAUUGUUGCAUUGCCAAAAACAGUAUGGGCGAAAUCAAAAGCACCACAGUUUUGACUCUUGAAGACAUACAAGGUCAACUAACUGAAGAAGAACGAUUAUUAAUUUUUGCUGCCAACCAACCACCUUAUUUUAUCAAAGGAUUGAAGAGUUUUGAAGCUAAAAUUAACGAAGAACUGGAAUUCAGUGUUCAAGUUAGUGCAAAACCAGACGCCAAUGUUCUAUGGUACCGAGAUGACGAACCAGUUGAACUAAACGAACGAAUAACGACACGAAAAGAAAACUAUGGAAUUUUCGUACUUCAUUUCAAGAGACUUGAAAUGCAAGACCAGGCUGAAUGGAAAUGCGUAGCUGUCAAUGAUUAUGGCCAGAGUGUCACCUCAUGUUUCAUAAAAUUAUCAAUUCCAAAGCACUUCAAGGCGCCAAGGUUUUUGGAAGAAUUAAAAGCUACAUUCACAAAGGAAGGCACUGUUAAUUUGGAAUGCAAAGUCAUUGGUGUACCUCAGCCAGAAUUAAAAUGGUACAAAGAUGGCAAACACUUAAAAUCUGGAGAAAUGCAUAAAAUCAUCUCUGGAGGCAAUGGUAGAUGCUGCUUAGGGACAUAUGCGUGUGAAGCUACCAACUGCAUGGCAACAGCUCGUAGCAGUGCUUCUCUUCUUGCAUUUGAAGAACCCAAGCAAAUCAAUGGUAUACAGCGAUUGAAUGAGCUUGAUUUGCUAUCCAUAAUCACAGAAGAGCGAACUUCCCAAAUGAAUGAUGUUGGAAGUGAUAAAAGUGGAACUUAUGAAGAAGCAGUUGGACCAUCAUUUUCAUUUGAUGGAAAAGAAGUAUCUAUAUCAUUGUAUGAAACACCUGAUCUGACUGAUGAGGAAGCUUUACAAAUUGUGGAAAUGUAUGCAGAAGAAUUAACAGAGCAUAUUUCUGAUCAAAACAUCAUUGAAUUACCAUCCCUACGAUUUAUCAAGGAAACAGUAACUUCUGGAAAUAUUUUAAUGGAAGCUACUGUGAUAGAUAUGCCUAUCAAUGAAUUCACUGGAGAAGAAGAACUAAAAACUGACGCAGAUGUUGAAAAUUCACUAAUGGAUGACUCUGCCCAAGCUCCUUCUGCUAUACCAGCAGAAAAUUUGCCAGAUAGAAGAAAAGAAUUUUCACCAGUAUCUGAAAGCAGUCAAUCAGCUGAGAAAUCUGGUAAAUCAAUCAUCACACUAGAAAAAAUAGAUGUAGAUGAUGAAGAUGACAUUAGUGAAACUUCAGAACUUGAAAAUAAAUCAUGCACUAACAAAUAUAGCCUUCUAAUCAAAAAAAGCUUGGAAGAUGAUACACUAAAUGAUUCAUCUGUCACAGAAACUGUCACAUCAGAGAUAGAGCCUAAACCUCAACCUGAGAAAAAAAUUGAAUCUACAGUAUCAGAACUUGAUACAAAAAACACACAUUCCAUUUCUGACAACCUUACAAUGGCUCAUAAAAAAAUUUCAUUUGAUUCUGAGGAUGAUUCUCUGCAUGAAUUUGAAAAGCUUAAGCAAAAAAGAAAAGUAAGUGACAGUGUCCAGAGCUCUGUGGAGAAAAAGAAAAAAGUCCAGGAUUUAUCUCUUCUACUAGAAAGAACUUCUGAAAUAUCACCAGAGGUUUCUAAAGAAGUAGAAGAAUCACAUCAACAGACAUCUUCUUUAAACAAAGAACAUCAGCUAGUUUUGGAAUCCAUAGCUUCCUCAGUAACCAUAAUUGAAAAUGAUAUAAACAUAAUUCAGCAUUAUAUGCUCAGCACUAAUCAAAAAGACAUUUCAAGUGAACAACUUAUCCAAAGUGUUGUUGAACCAAUAACAAAAAUUAAGAAUGACAUCAAACAGAUCCAAAGCCACCAAAUAUCACAGUCUGAUUAUAAAAUUGAAGAAUUGGUUCCAGCUCUUACACCUUCUUUGGCCAAACUAAAUGAUGUGGUUGCAGAUAUGAAGAAAUUCUCACAGUCUAUUGAUAACUUUACAUUACAAAGAACUAGCCAAACUUUAUUGAAUGCAAUCAUAAAUCCAAUUGAAAAUAUAAGCCAGCAAAUUAAUUUGAUCAAAAAAGAUGAUAGCCAACACCUUCAAACAAAAGAAUCCAAUGAUGACUUAACUCAUAUGAUCAAUGAAUUGAAACGCUACACAACAUCAUUUCAAAAUGUACAAAACAUUGUUGAAUUCUCAAGCUCAUCACCAAAAUCUGCCAUUGAAACCAUCAAGCAAAUGGAAAGGGUGCAAAAGUUGGCAAUUAGUUUUCAUAAAAACUCAGAUGGAAUUCUACCUACAGCUGAGCUGGUUAAAUUCCACAACUCUGUAAUUCAAUACUUUGAUACAAACAUUAGAACAUUCCAUAAACUGCAAUCUACUGAACUACAACUUUAUCUUGAUGAUAAUUCACAAUUUAAAACAGAAAUUGAUAAUGUCUUGUCAGUAGCUCAAAACACACCUCAGACUUCACUGAAUUACUUGACUGAGGCUUUGGGAGCUUAUUACACCAACAGUGAGUCUGCUUUCAAGAGACUAGCAUUUUCCAAUACUUGCUUGAGAUCAUUGGAUGAUUCUGUUGAGAUAAUUGUGAACAGCAUUACUACGAUAGAAAAAUGUUCAGAAGUGGAAAAAUCAUAUCAAAAGAAAAGGAUAUUAAUGACCUUAUGCAAUUUGAAAAUACCUCUGCAAGAUUUUCUUGCACAAAUAAGAAACAUUUCCAGCAAAGAAGAAUUUGAUAAUACUCAAAUUUAUGAGGUUAUAAAUGAUGUUAGCAUUCCAUUACAAUUAUUAAGAAAAGAAAUUGGUUUACUAUUUCAUCAAUCAUAUUCUGGACAAGUGUUAGAUCUUGUCACAUCACCUUUAAAAAAGCUUCAAGAUGAAAUAUCAUUGUUUCAUGAUUUAAUUAUUCUAAAAGAACCAUCUGAAAUAGAUAUGGAUCAGUUUCUACUAAUUUUAAAUAAAUUGAAUUCACCUUUUUGUGAAUUAGCUAACAAAAUUAUGCAAGCAGAAGACUUGGUAUUGCAAGAAUCUCCAGUUGUAGCAGAUCCUAAAUUGGGAAUAAAAAUAGUACUACAAUCAGUAUCUAGUUUAGUUGAUGUUCUCACUAGUCUUCAAAGCUCCAAUCACUCCACUAGUUUAAUUUUAUCCAAUUUGACAAAUCCUUUGAUGGAGGUAUGUAAUAGUUUGAAAACUAUCAACAAUCAAUUUUAUGAAGAAGAUUUGGAAAAGGUAAACAUUACUAUGUUAAAGACUUUGUCAACUCCUUUCAAUUUACUUCAAAAGCAGCUGAUAGAUGUGAGUCCAGUUCUAACUGGUGAUUUAAAAAAUACUGUAAAAGAAUUACAACGAACAAUUCUAACUAUUCAAGAUCAGGUAUCUUUUGAAUAUGGAGAUGAGCCUGCUUCCAUUGAGUACAACAUAAUGACACUACAAACUCUUCUCCAUCCAAUAAAUAUUUUGAGAAAUCACUGUGUAGCUCUCAUGUCAGAAGAUGGCACUGCGGAGUUAUUAUGUCAGUGGGACAAACAAAUGAAAACUAUUGACCAAAUUGUGAACAUUUUAGUUUCAAUGGAUACCAUGAAUGCACAAGCAGUUCUCAAGUUGAUAAAGAAUUAUCAAAGUAUAAUUAAAAUUGAGGGCAACAACUGCUAUGAGAUACUUCAACAACUUAGUGACCAAUGCAAUGAAAUCCAUAACAUGAAUGAUUUCCAUGAAAUUAAACCAUUUAUCCGUCGUAUACAAGAUAACUUUGAGAGAAUCACUGAAACCAAAGCUAAGAACAUAAUAGAAAGACUUCUAUCAAGUAAUGAAGAUUUUGAUAAUAUAUUGCAUGUUCUAACUACUUAUAAAGAAGAAGAUAAUGUUAAGUGCUUCAUUGCUCUACUACAAUCACUCAACAUCAUUAGAACAUUACAAGAAAGUGUUAAAGAUACACAAACUACCAGCACAACUGAUAGCCUUCAAACUCCUAUGUUACAUUCUUUUUUGAACACCUGUGAAAGACUGGAAUCAAAAAUCAGUGAUCUUCUCUAUGUUGUAGAAAAUUCAUCAGCACGAAUACCAGAAUUUUAUUCACGCACAAUUGAUGCAUUUUCUACAUUGAAUAAUCAGUUAGUCCAUUUAAAUAAAUGUCUAAUGGAUCAAUCUGUUAGUGAUGAUGAUCAAAAAGAAAUACCUUUUGAAUCCUCAAUUCAUUCUUUCAAUUGUCUUCUAGCUGUAGUGAAUUCUGAAGAAAAUGCAGUGAUGGCGCCCAUAAAAGAAAUCAUACAUGAUGCCCUCAAUGAAUUAGUCAAAUUACAAAAUGAUAUCCUAUUCAACAUGUCUCUAAUUCAAAGUGAAGAUGAUGUAUCAUUAAAUGAAAGUGAAUUUGAAGAAACUUCUCUAAAACCUAAUCUAAUCUCUGUUUGUUAUGAAAGUAUGAAAAAAGAAAUUCUCAAAUGUGAGGAACAAUUUGCUAAAAUGAUGAAAUUUCAAAAUCCUCAAACUGCCAUCACUGGAAUCAACACCAGUCUAGAAAGUAUUUCUAACAUUAUUCACUUUAUUAGUGAACACGGAUCAUUUGACAGUGAAACCAAUGUCAAAAACUUGAAUCAACCUUUGGAAAAAAUACUAGAACAAGCCAAUAUGCUUGAGAACUUAUCCAAAGCUAAUGCUAAAGCUGACAUCAUUGUGCCUCAAUUAUCUGAGCUAAGUCAUUCUUUUGAGAAUUUUAAGAAACUUGUUGAUGAAGUGGAAUCUCAGGAUAAGCAUUCUCAUUCAAGUGAAAAUGAUAUUGGUGAAAAAUCUAAUAAUUCUGUAGAAUUGGACAUUAGUAUUCCACAAUCACCAAUCAACUUUGCUGAUGAUAGUUUGCAAAGUGAUAUUUCUUCUUCAACUGAAGUUAGCAACAUUACUACUGUAAUUUGUGAUGAUGAAGAAACCAUCAAACAUAUAACACAGUCAACUACACCCAGUUCAGAUUUGGUCACAGCCAUUGAGAAAUGUGAUAUAGAAAGUGUUAAAGAUGGUGGAAGUCAAGCAGAAAGCUACACAGAAAAAACAUAUACUACUUCACAAGAAAAUUUUGAGCAACUCUCAGCAGCUGAAGAAAUUGAGAACAUCUCAGAUGAAGCUAUCCACAUUCCAGCAUGCACUAAUAUACCUACUUCAUGUGAGGCUCAGUCUUCAGAAUUUAUCAAUGAAACUCAGCAAUUUCAAACAGAAAAACUAGACUCAGAAAAUGUCAUACUCAAAGCAGAACGGUCAUCACCUGUAAUAACACAUGAAAUAGUGGUUUCAACAAUGGAUGAGAAAAUUGAUGAGCACUAUGAAACUAGUAAGGCAGUCUCACAAGAAAAGUUGAAUGAAGAGUCAUCACAUGUUAUAACCUUGGAAGAAGAAGAAAAUUUGAUAACGAUAGAUGCUCAAAAUAUGAUGGUAGUUGAUGAAUCUAUCAAUGCUGCACAAUUGAGAAAAACUGAACUCACAGCAAUAUUAGCCACAGAAUCAAACUUUGAAGAAGUGUCAAUGGAAAGAGAAGCUACAAAUUUUAUAACAUCAGAUGAAAUGCAUUUGAAUAAGGAAGCUCUUGAAACAUCUUUACCUUUAAAUCUGGAAGAAGCUAUAAGUCAAUCACAGGAAACUGCUCUCAUUGGAGAACUAUUGGAAAUGAAUCCAACUCAAUUGGGAAAUAUAAAAGAAAGUGACACUGAAAAGGAGUAUGAAAUUGCAGCAUCUAAAAAAGAGACACCUUCUUCAUCACUGGAAAGCAUACAAAUAGCAGAUUUCUCAGAAACUCCUCUUAACCAGAAAGCUGACUCAUUAUCAAAAAUAAAUGAUGAAUCCAUAAUAAUGGGUGAUGAAAAUGCGAAUUCUAAAUCAGAACAGAUCAACUCUGCUGAUUUAAAAACCACAAUUUCAUCUGAAAUGGCUCCAUUAGCUGACAUAUCUGAAAUAUUUGACAGUAUUCAGAGCACAGAAGUAGAAGAGGUUCCAACAAAAGUAAGUGAUAACACUCUGCUCAGAACUGAAGUAUCAGAAACCUUUCCAAGACACCAAAUUACUCAUCCUAUAGAUAUAAUGAGUCAGAAUUUAUCUAAAUCAAGUAAUAUAGACAAUAAAGUGGAAAUGGAACCCCCAGAGAUUCCCAUUGAUAUGUUGGAACAAAUUGAUUCUGAAGAAUUAACUAUAGCAAAACAAGCCAGACAGAUAGAACAGACAGACUUACAAAUAUCUUCCACUGAGUUAGGAACCAUUGAAAACCUUGGCAGCUCCGAAUCAGCAAUAAUUUUAGAAAAUGAGGACUCUCUUAUGAUAAUGGCAGAUCGAUGUGAAAAGAAAAUGGCAUGUGAAGGAAUAGAAGAAAGAACUCAAGAAAUUACUAGGACAACAAUUUUCCCACUAAGCAUGGCUGAAACCCAAAAGAUUUCAGAACGACAAAACACUGUCUCUGAAAUGAUUGAAAAUGUGGAAAGUAUUCAGCCUCAAGAAAUUUUAGAUAAUAAUGAACCAAAUACAUCAGAGACUAUCAGUAUGGGCCUAGCUAAAAUGAAACAGUUUCCAGAAGGUGAGCUUGAAACAACACUAACAGAAAUUGAGGAACAAUAUGAUGAAAAGUUCAAACAAAUCCUUGAAAAGACUGAGCAGUUAGUAGAUGAAGUACAAAAAAUUAGCACAGAUGGUGAAAGCAUACAAAAAAUGGCGAUUACAACUAUUUCUCCAAUAAAUAUGACAGUAUCUCAAGAAACUUCAGAAUUAGAAAACCUUGUUUCCCAAAUGAUCACAAAUGAUUUAAAAGCUGAAGAGAACCUCCUACUUCAAGAAAUUCCAGAUCAUUUGGAAUCCAAUUCAACAAUGACUUCAAUCCUAUGUUCAUCUGAAAUAAAAGAAGUUCCACAGAGAGAGCAAGCAACAUGCUUUACAGAAAUGGGAUCCCAAUAUGAUGAAGAGGUGAAGGAAACCAUUGAAAAGGUUGAGAAGUUGUUGGAAGGAGUCCAAAAUCAUACUGUAGAUGUUCAUUCCUCAAAAAAUGAAGAAUUCAUUGCUGAUAUUGAUUGCAAUUUCCAAAAGUUACCAAAUCUAGAUCUAAUAGAAACUGAGAUGAUCUCAGUACAAUUAGAGAGAAGUGGGGAUAAUGAAUUGAUUAUAAAUUCAGAAAAAACUGAAGAAGCUACAAACAUUAUUAAAUCAAGUGAAGAAAAUAAUGAUGAGAAUUUAGGAGUGCAAAAUAUUACUGAAGUUGGCGUUUCAUUGCAUAUUGAAGGUGAAUUACCAAGUAACCAGCAAGAAGAGGAAACAGAAUUGCAGGUAGUACCAAAAUCGCUAAAUGUGGGACAAGAAAUAAUUGAACUUUUAGAACAAAACACAGAUUUUGUACAAACAGUAAUCCAGAAAGAACUUCAAAAACAAACUGAACUGACUGAACAUGGGCGAGAAUGUCUCUCAAGCCCAGAAACUAUUACAUCCUCAGAAAUUGCCACAUUUCCAGAAGUUGAACAAGGUUUUGAGAUCACAGAACUAGGAGAGUUAGUAACCACACAAUUAAUUGAGAAAGAUUUAGGAUUGUGCCACACUACUGAAGAAUUAGAGCAAAAUAUAAUUCAAUGUCAAAAAGAAUCAUUAAUAACAUCACUACAUGAUGGCCUUUUAAGAUCAGAAAGUUCUGAUCUACCUAGUAUUUCAGAACAAGAAAGUUAUGUUACAGCUAUAGAAGACUUUUCAGAUGAUAAUGAAGCAUUGUGGGAAAGCUUUGAAAGUGAUAAUACAGAUGAAUUUUUUAAUAAAAAGUCUUUAAAACUGAAAAAUGCUAUUGAACUUGGUGACUUGAGAGACACCCCAAUUAUUCAUUCUAAAGAUGAAGAAAUUAAUGCUACUGCUCAAGUAAAACCUUCAAUACAGGCUGAAGAGAAUAUUCAAAUUGGAACAACUGAAGAAACUUUACACACAGUGGAAAAUAAUGAGAAAAUAACUAUAGUAGAGCACUCUGAAAAUGAAAAUGCCGAUUCAAGUGAAACAAUUUCUAAAACAGAGACUACUGAGAUGUCAUGUCCUCUCUCAGGUAAUGUGAUGAUAUUUGGAUCCUCCAGAGACAUUUUUUUCAAUGAGCCAAUAGAUGAAAGCCAACAUAUAGAGAAGAUAGGAGAAAAUGAUAACCAAAAAACAAACCAAGUUUUUCCAGAUGAAUAUUCAGAAGGAAUGUGCCCUCUUUCAGGGAAUGUGAUGAUAUUUGGUUCCCCACAAGAAAAAUUUUCUGAUGAAGCUGUAAUAAUAAGUGAACAAUUGGAAACUACCUGUGAAGAGGAACAUACAAAUGAAACAACUUCCUCAAUACAAGCUACUGAAAAGCUACAUCCACUUUCAGGAAAUGUUAUGACAUUUGGUUCUCCUAGAGAGAAAUUGGCAGAUGAACUGGAGAUUGAAACCACAAAAUUAGAGAAACCCUAUGAAGAGCAUGCAAAUGAAAGAACUUCUUCAAUAGAAACUACUGAUAUGUUAUGUCCACUCUCUGGAAAUGUAAUGAUAUUUGGAUCCUCUAAAGAAAAUUUUUUUGAUGAAAAUGUUCUUGGAAGUGAGGAAUCUGAAUUGAUUAAUGAUGAACAAGAAUAUAUAAAUGAAGAAAAUUCCUCAACAGAGGCCACAGAAGUUUCAUACCCUCUCUCAGGAAAUGUGAUGAUAUUUGGAUCUUCUAGUGAAAGAUUUUCAUAUGAACCAACACUUGAAAGUGGAAAGUUAGAAAUAGUGGAACAAACUCUAGAAAACAUCAAACCUUCUCAGGAAGAAAAUACUGAAGCAACAAACCCACUUUCAGGAAAUGUUGUGGUGUUUAGCUCACCCCAAGAAACUUUUUUGACAGAACCUAUAAUAGAAAGCAAAGAAAUUGAAAAGCCAGAUGAAGAACAGGAACAUGCUAAAGAAGAAAUUCUGUCAAUAGAGUCUGCAGAGGUAUCAUGUCCUCUCUCAGGAAAUGUGAUGAUAUUUGGAUCCUCCAGUGAGAAAUUUACCCAUGAACCAGCACUUGAAAGCGAGGAGUUAGAAACAGUAGAACAAGAUCAAAACAACAUGGACAUUUUUCAGGAAGAAAAUACUGAAGUGAUGAGUCAACUUUCAGGAAAUGUGAUGGUAUUUGGUUCCCCUAGAGAAAUGUUUAUUGAUGAGUCAGUUCAUGAAAGUGAGACAUUAGAAACAGCUAAUGAAGAACAAGGGAAUGAAAAAACUUCAUCAAUAGAUAACACUGAAGUAAUAAAUUAUCUUUCAGGGAAUGUGAUGAUUUUUAGUUCUCCAAGAGAUGCAUUUUCUAAUGAAUUGAUACUUGAAAGUAAACCUUCGGAAAUGGACCAACAAGAUAACUCAAUUCUAAAAGAAGAGACAGCACAAGUUACAGAUUCAACAGAACAAGAAUUGGCAGAGAAAUCACUUUUAUCAGAGAAUAUCACAUUCUGUGUUCCUCAAGAACAGGUUUUAGAUAAUCUUCAUAGUAAUGAGAUGAAGUUCGAGUUGAACAAAAAUGAAGAAUCUACUCAAAUUUCAGUUUCUGAACAUGAAAGAACAGUGACUUCAGAAAUAAAUUCUGAAAAUGUAAUGACACUUUGCUCACCACAAGACACUUUUAUUGAUGACCAAACACUUGAUAAGCUUAAUAAUCAGUCACUAGAUUUAAAACAGGCAUCUUCCUGCUUACAACAAGCAGAAUUAAAUCAACCUGAAUCCACACAAGCCAAACUAAUGACACUAGCAGCAAAUCAGCUGAUGAAUGAAGAAAUUACUACUGCAGAGGUAGAUGAAAAACCAAUUAUAUCAGUAGAAUCCAAUUCAGUAAUGGAAAUUAUGGUGGAAGAUGGUGAAAUAGAUCACAAUAAAGAACAAAAAGUCAUUGAAGAUAUUAUAGAGGAGCAUCAAAUCCAAACUGAGAAAGUUGCAACAGAAAUUCAUAAUGAUGACAUACAUUCUUCUUCUCACAAAUCAAUUAUUCAAGAACAAGAAGCAAAAACUUCAGAAAACUCUAAAACUAGUGCUGGAAACAUAGAACCUACUGAAAAACCAAAACAUGAUGAAAUGCAAACAAAUGUUCAAAAGUUAAAUGCUGGCCAUGAGGAAGUAAAUGUUUUAGGAAUUCAAAAUGCAGAUCAUGAAAAAAUGAUUGAAAAACUAGAAGUAUUACAAGAAAGUGAGCUUACUGAAACACAGGACAAAAAACUGACUACACUAAAUAGUGGAAAAGAAUUGGAACAAGGACUUUCCACUGAGCAAAAAUUGGAAAAAAAAUCAAUUUCUCAAGUUCAAGAAUUAGAACUAGAAGAUGAUACAUCACCAAACAAACAGUUGGAAAAAAAAGCUCAAAUUUUAAAUGAAGUUAUUACAGAAGAAGAAUCUAAAAAAGAAAAAUCUACAGAACAAGAUACCAUUGAAAACAAAAGAAAAGAAGAUAAAUCUUCAAAAUGUGAAUAUAUUGAUGAAGGAAAACAUAUAGAAAUUAAAUCUACAGAGUUGGAUUUUUUAGAUAAAAUGCAGGAGCUCAAUACCACAAAUGAAACAGAAAAAUUGAAGACUAACCCAGAAAGUAAGAUUUCAAUAGAAGCUGAAUUAGAAAAAAAUGAUUCAAUGAAAUCUGAUAUAACUAAAGAAAUAUUGAUGGAUGAACAAAAUGUAGUACUUCCUCAGCAAACACAAAAAGGAGUUGAAUCGGCACUGACUAUGUGCACAACUGAAGAUGUGAAUCAUUCAAAACAAGAACAGUUUGAAAAUGUACAAGAACAAACACACGUAAAAGAAACAUUGCCUAGAGGUCAAGAACAAUCGCUUGAAAUUUCACAGAAAGGGACAGAAGAGGUAUUUCAAGAAAAAAUAAAACUAGAAGAGAAACAAGUUGAAUCAACUAGUGAAAAAAAAUCAGAAACAAGACAUCCAGACAGCCCAAAGAGAAAAUUGUCUCAAGCUGAAAAACUAGAUGGAUCAAUUGAUGGCAACAAAACUGAUAAAGCACCAAUUGAAAAGUCAAGUAACCAAGAAGAAAACAAGUUGAAGGAAUCAGAGGAUGAAUUAUUGAAAGAAACAAUAAAAUGUGAACUUGAAGAAAAGUUGGAUGAUGGAAAAGGAAAAACUCCAGAACAGUCAACAGAUGAAAACUGGACAGAAACUGUAACAGAAAAGUUUGAAAGUUUGGACUCAGAAGCUCAAGAAAGUAUUUCUAAAGGAAAGGCAGUUACUAAAGUUAACAGCACCAAAAAGAUAGAUGAAUCAAUAGAACAAAGCUCCAAAUUAAAUGAACAACCAGAAAGUAUUCCACAAAUGACUCUUAAAUCGACAGAAGAUGAAGAAAAAAAGUCUGAAAUACUCAAAUCCUCAAGUGAAUCAGAAAAGGAACAUUUAAAAACAGAAAAAUCAAAGAUCCCAGGAAUGAAACCCUCUCAAGAUGAACAAAAGGUUAAAGAACAGACAGAAAAAUCAGUAAUAAGGAAGGAAAAGAAAUCCGAAGAUAUUACCACUGAAGCAGGAAAUGAAGAGGAAAGUCUUGAAAAGCAAAAAUCAAAGAGUCUAGAAAAAAUACUUUCACAAGAUGAACAUACAGCUGAAAAAAAUGCAGAACAACCAAAAACACUGAGUGAAAAAACAUCUGAAGAGCUUAUAGCUGAAGCUAGAGAAGAAAUUCUUAAGAAACAAAAAUCAAAGAGUCUAGAGAAGAAGUCCUCACAAGAUGAAGAUAAGACUGAAGAACAAGCAGAUCAACCAACAACACCACAAGAAAAAACAUCAAAAGGGCCCAUUCCUAAAGCUGAAGAUGUUACUAAAAGCCCAAAAAAACAAAAAUCAAAGAGUCCGGAAAAGAACUCUCCUCAAAAUGAAGAAAAAACAGAAAAACUAAAAGAACAAUCAGUCAUAUCAGAGAAAAGACAAUUUGAAGACAUCACUGUUGAGACUGGAAAUGAAAUUGGAAGUCUAGGAAAACAACAAUCAAAGAAUCUAGAGAAGAAACACUUGCCAGAUGAAGAAAAUUCUGAAGAACAGCCAGAACAACCAAUAACACCAACAACUACAACAUCUCAAGCUCUUACUGCUGAAGCUGGAGAAAAAAUUGAUGUUGAGAGAAAAAACUCGGAAAGUCUAGAAGAGAAACUUUUACAAGAUCGGGACAAGGCUGUGAAAAAUGCAGAUCAGCCAACAAUACCAAAGAAAAACUCAUCAAACAACCCAACUGUUGAAGAACAAGAUGAUAUCAAAAGUUUGAAAAAACAAAAAUCAAAAAGUCCAGAAAAGGAGCACCCUUAUAAUGAAGAAAAAACAGAAAAACCAACACAAGAAUCAAUCACAUCAACUGCUGAAGUUGGAAAUGAGGUAAAAAAUUUAAAUAAACAAAAAUCAAAGAGUCCCGAAAAGAAACUUUUGCAAGAUAAAGAAAAGUCUGAAGUAAAAAAACAAAAAUCCAAGAGUCCAGAAAAAAAGGUCCCUCAAGACAAAGAAACGAUAGAAAACCAAAUGGAACAAUUAAUCCCAGCAGAAGAAAACAAAUCCAAAGAUCUUACUACUGAAGUUGGAACAGAGGUAAAAAAUCUAAAAAAACAGAAAUCAAAGAGUCCAGAGAAGAAGCCCUUGCAAGAUGAAGAAAAGUUUGAAGUAAAAAAACAAAAAUCAAAGAGUCCAGAAAAGUCUAUUCAAGACAGAGAAAAAACAGAAAAAUCAACAGAAAACUCGACAACAUCUGAAGAAAAGCAAUCUAAAGACCUCACUAUUGAAGUUAGAAAUGAGGCAAAAGGUUUGAAGAAACAAAAAUCAAAGAGUCCAGAGAAGAAACCCUUGCAAGAUGAAGAAAAGCCUGAACUAAAAAAACAAAAAUCAAAGAGUCCAGAAAAGUCUAUUCAGGACAGAGAAAAAGCAGAAAAAUCAACAGAAAACUCAAUACCAUCAGAAGAAAAGCAAGAGGCAAAAGGUUUGAAGAAACAAAAAUCAAAGAGUCCAGAGAAGAAACCCUUGCAAGAUGAAGAAAAGUUUGAACUAAAGAAACAAAAAUCAAAGAGUCCAGAAAAGUCUAUUCAGGACAGAGAAAAAGCAGAAAAAUCAACAGAAAACUCAAUAACAUCAGAAGAAAAGCAAUCGAAAGACCUCACUAUUGAAGUUGGAAAUGAGGCAAAAGGUUUGAAGAAACAAAAAUCAAAGAGUCCAGAGAAGAAACCCUUGCAAGAUGAAGAAAAGCCUGAACUAAAAAAACAAAAAUCUAAAAGUCCAGAAAAGAAGCCCCCUCAAAACAAAGAAAUGUUAGAAAACCCAAUGGAACAAUUACUCUCAGCAGAGGAAAAGCAAUCCAAAGACCUCACAGCUAAAGUUGGAAAAGAGGUAAAAAAUCUAAAAAAUCAGAAGUCAAAGAGUCCAGAGAAGAAGCCCUUGCCAGAUGAAGAAAAGUCUGAAGUAAAAAAACAAAAAUCAAAGAGUCCAGAGAAGAAGCCCUUGCAAGAUGAAGAAAAGUUUGAAGAAAAAAAACAAAAAUCAAAGAGUCCAGAAAAGUCUAUUCAAGACAGAGAAAAGUCAGAAAAAGCUACAGAAAACUUAAUAAUAUCAGAAGAAAACCAAUCUAAAGACCUUACUAUUCAAGUUGGAAAUGAGGCAAAAGGUUUAAAGAAACAAAAAUCAAAGAGUCCAGAAAAGAAACCCCUGCAAGAUGAAGAAAAGCCUGAACUAAAAAAACAAAAAUCUAAAAGUCCAGAAAAGAAGGUCCCUCAAGACAAAGAAAUGAUAGAAAACCCAAUGGAACAAUCAAUCCCAGCAGAGGAAAACAAAUCCAAAGACCUUACUACUGAAGUUGGAAAUGAGGCAAAAGGUUUGAAGAAACAAAAAUCAAAGAGUCCAGAAAAGCCUGAACUAAAAAAACAAAAAUGUAAAAGUCCAGAAAAGAAGGUCCCUCAAGACCAAGAAGUGAUAGAAAACCCAAUGGAACAAUCAAUCCCAACAGAGGAAAACAAAUCCAAAGACCUUAUAACUGAAGUUGGAAAAGAGGUAGAAAAUCUAAAAAAACAGAAAUCAAAGAGUCCAGAGAAGAAGCCCUUACAAGAUGAAGGAAUGUCUGAAGUAAAAAAACAAAAAUCACAGAGUCCAGAAAAGACCAUUCAAGACAGAGCAGAAGUAGAAAAAGCAACAGAAAAGUCAGUCAUAUCAGAGGAAAAGAAAGACCCCACUGUUGAAGUUGAAAAAGAGGUAAUAGGUUUGAAGAAACAAAAAUCAAACAGUCCAGAGAAGAAACCUUCGCAAGAUGAGGAAAAGUCCGAAGAAAAGACAAAAGAACCAAUAAUAUCAAAAAAGAAAGCCAAAGACUCCACUGCUGAAGCUGCAGAUGAUGACUUGAAAAACUCUGAAGAGAAGCUCUUAAAAGACAAAGAACAUGAAAACCAAGCAGUACUACAUCAAAAAGAGAAAUCAGCAAACCUAGAAAUAACAUCCGAAGUUAUAUCAUCAGAAAAAUCUGCUGAACCUGCAAAAGAUGAAAGCAAACUCAUAGAAAACCUCACAAAAACAGCACAAAAGAAACUAUCCAAAGACUUAACAGAAGAAAGUGAAACUAAAAUUGUAAAAGAUAAAUCAAAAAGUCCAGAGAAAAAAUCUGAGGAUGUAUCAUCAGAAAAGCUAAAGGAACAGACUAAAGACAAGAACAAAACAGAAGAAAAUCUCACAAAAAAAUCAGUGACACUAAAGAAAGAACCAUCCAAAGAUUUAAAAACAGAAAAUAAAACAGAAACUGAAAAUAUGGAAACGAAUGAAUCUAAAGGGAUAGAAAAGUCUGCAUCCAUAGAUGAAAUGAACAAUGAUGAAAAUCCUCCACAGAGAACUUCAUCUGUAAAGAAAAAAAUAUUGAAAGAUGGUUCAACUACCCCAAAUAAAGAGGAAAACAUUCCAAAAAAAUCUGCAUCUGUAAAGAAAAAGAAAUCAAAAGAUUUUUCAGAGGGGAAAAAAGAAUCCAAGAUAACAACAGAAACCCAACAAAGUACAGAAGAAAAAUUGUUGAAUGAAACAGAAAAACCAGCUCAAAAAAUUGAAUCUGAAGAGAAAAGUUCAGCAACUGAAAAGAUGAACGAAUCAACUCAACAAAACUCUGAGGAUAUCAUAAUAAAAAAUGAAAACAUAGAAAAAUUUGAAGAAAUAAGUACUCUAGAAUCACUGACAAAAUUAUCAGUAGAAAUGGCUGAUGAAAUGAGAGAGAACCCCCAAAAAUCAAAAGAUUUAGAAGAAAGAGAAUUGGUUGAGAAAGAGACCAAAGAAAUAAAUGACAAAAACUUACAAUCAGAACUAAUUUCAAAAAAGGGAACUUUGGAAAAUGAAUCUAAUGAUGAAUUAAUAACUACAAAACAAGAUCAAGAAAGUAAAUCAGAAAAAUCAGAUAGCACCAAAGAAAAACAAUUGGAAAGUGUAACUGGGAAUGUACCAGAAAUGAAAGAGAAGGAAGAAGAACUGAGUAAAAGCAAUAAUACCAAUUUAUCACAAAGAAAUGAAGCAGUAAAAGAGACUGAAAAGGAACCCAAAGAAGAUAAACAAUUAAAGAAGCUGUCACAAAAAAAGGAUAACAAAUCAGUGAGCCCAAAGAAGAAGAAAUCACCAUCACCUGAAAACAAGCAAACUCAACCUGUUGAAGAAGCUAAACCAAUUGAAAUUGAUAGAGAGAACCCAGAAAUCACACAGGAAAAUGAAGACUUGAAGAAACUAGAUGCUACAAUUGAAAAUAAAAUUCAGUCUGAGAAGGAAAAUGAAAAUAACAAGAAGUCCAAUACCAAAGAUAUAAAACUCAAAACUACAGCCAAUGAAUCAAAAGAUUCAUCCAGUGAAAAAUCCUUGAAAGAAAAAUCUCCUGAAAAACUUGGAAAAAAAUUAACUAAGAGAAAAUCAAUUUCUAAACCUAAAGCACAAGAUUCCUCACCAAAUGAUGACCAGCAUUUGAACCAUGACUACCAAAAACUAGAAAUUGAGAAAACAAUGGACAAAAAUGAGUCCAAAGAACAAGAAAAAAGUGAUACAUCAAAUGAAAAACGGAAUAAACCUCCCCUUUUAGAAACUAAACAAGGAAAUGAAGGGGUAGUGCCAGAAAAUCUCAAAAGAAGAAAAUCUUCAACAGAUGAUGAAGUAAAAUUAUUGGAUAAUGCAACAACCAAACCCCAUGUAAUUUCAAAAUCAAAGGUUCUAGUUCAAUCAAAGCAGCACAGCAAAGAAACAAUUGUAGAUGAAUUAUUGAAAGAACCGACAUGCUUGAAAACCCCAUCUAGUACAAAUACUAAAAAAUUAUCAAUUAAUGAAAUCACAGAAAAUAUCAGAGUUAGAGAACAAAGGAUUCCAGAAAUGUCUCAUAUCAAUAGCUCUACUUCUGUGGAACCAUACAAAUCUAGAUUAUCAAGCAGACCAUACUCUCCAGAUCUCAGGGAUAAUCUAAAAUCAAAUCAUUUUGUCACUUUUACUAAUAGUCAAUUGGAGAAUGGUAAAGAUCAUCUCUUUGAUUCAAUUGGAGUACCAGAAAUACCAUUCAAACACUAUUCUGCAUCAAGAGACCAAUGGGGUGAUGAAACAAUGAAAUAUGAUACAAAAUUAACCAACAAGAAACAAAAUCUAAUCCUGGAUAAAUACCCAAAAAUGUGUACUAUUGAAAAAGAACGCUUUUACACACCUUUGAAAUUUGACCAUAAGCAAAAUGAAAUCGAUCAUAAUUUCUUACAUUAUGAUAGACUUCCAGGCAGUAAUUCACAUACAUUCCAUUUAUUCAAAGAAAACAUACUACCGGACCCUGCCUCUCUUCGACAACAUAACUCUAGAUAUGAUUCUUUUCAUCAGUCAAGAGAAUAUGAAAAACUAUAUGACAAUCACUAUGAAUAUGAAUCUUCUCUGAAAUAUUCUCAAAAUUUGAAAAAUAAGGAUCAAUCGAGUUUUGGAUACGACUUAUCUCAAUAUCAACCUUUUAGAAAAUCUGAUACAUCUCAUAGACAAGAUUUUGUAAAACAUUCAUAUUCAGAUUGGAAUCGUCGAACUGGAAUACCCAAUAACUUUUGUUCUUCUAGAGAAAUUGAAAGUAUACUUAGCCGACGUCUGCAUGAGAGAGGGACGCAUAGUCAUAUCUAUUUUCUUGAUAUCAUUCCCAUGGACAGACCCAUAGUACAUUUAGAUAAAAGUCAUGUAAUCAGUGAAUCAAGGUUCACAGGAUGGGACAUAUUACCAACAUUCAAACGUCUGUGUGCAGAUAAUAUGGUUCCUGUUGGAGCCACUUUAGCUUUACAUGCCGAAGUUGAAGGGACACCCAAACCAGACGUAGAAUGGCUAAGGGAAGAUCAAUCCUUACCAAAGAAUUUGAAUAGAUACAGAUACAUCGAAGAUUUUGGUCUUCACACUCUUCUCAUAACUGACGUAUCUUAUAACGAAGCAGGAAAAUACAGCUGCAAAGCCUACAAUAAAUAUGGAGCGGUCAAUGUUAUCACAAACGUAUUUGUCAUUAGGACGAGCGGUAUAAGGGGUGGAAAACCACCUAUGUUUAUAUCUAGACCCGAAACUAUUCUAUCUGUCAAUACAGGCUCUGAUGUAUCAGUUUCAUUUCGUUUAUCUGGAGAUCCGCGACCCAAAGUAAUUUGGAUGAAAGGGCUCACCGAUAUCACAGAAACGCAUAGAACAAUGAAGGAGACUGUCAACGAUUACACACGCUUAAUUUUAAAACGAGCUCAACUAUCAGAUUCUGGCACUUAUUUUAUCAUCGCUAAAAAUGAAUAUGGAACAGAUCGAGCAUUUUUCACAUUACGAGUUAACCAACGUUCCAGAUCAUUAACGCCAAUCCCUACAUACAGGCGUGAAUUUUCCACCACUUUUGAAUCCGAUAGGUCAUCGCAAUAUGGGCACAAAGUACCAGGUUCCAUUCCAAGCGAACCUUAUGUGUUAGACUGUGGCAAAAAUUGGCUAACAUUAACAUGGCCAAAACCAAAACACUGUGGAGGUGCUCCAAUACUUGCGUAUCGAGUCGAAUGCUGGCUCACUGGAGAAGACGGAGGAGCAAAAUGGACCGAACUUGGUAUGACUCCUUCCAACACCUUCGAAGCAUUUAACUUGGAAACGGGCAAAAAAUACAAUUUCAGAGUAACAGCUAGAAAUCAAUAUGGCUGGGGUGAGCCAGCAGUCACCUCGAGUCCAAUUUUAGUCGAAGAUUUUGUCACCUUUCCCGAAUUCGAAAAAGUUCUACCAGGUCAACUCAAAGUUCUUGACGACUCUUCGAUUGAACUGGAAUGCAAGGUAAAAAAUGAAACUGGUACACAAAUCGAAUGGCAUCGAGAUGGCGUUCAACUGGAAGAAACCGAUACUCGCAAGAUGACGUAUGAAAAUGGACGAUGUCUUUUAAAACUUGACAAUGUGCAAGAAAAUGAUUCUGGUCGUUACGUUUGCGAGGCUUUCAAUAAAUAUGGAAGAAUUUGUACAUUUGUACGUUUAAUGGUUGUGGAUGAUCCGAAAAUUGUAGCAACACACAAUCGUCUAAAUAGAAUAAGAGAAGGCUGUGAUGGAAAAAUCGACUUGACCCCGCAGUUUACGAUGAGAUUACGAAAUCGACGUGUAGAAAUGACCUAUCCUGUUCGAUUGACUUGUCAAGUCAUCGGAUAUCCAAAACCAAAAAUUGCUUGGUUCAAAGAUGGACAAAGUUUACACGAGGAUCAACACUACUCAAUUUACGAAGAAGCCGAUGGUUUCCAAUCUUUGGAAAUUUGUAGAUCAAUGCCCGAACACAGUGGAACCUACAUGAUUACAGCCUCCAACGAUAGCGGAUCUGUUUCCUGUAAAUGCGACUUACUGGUCGACAAGGGAAUACGAACCUAUAUUGAGCCGAAAUUCAUUGAGAAAUUGGAUAUGGUAUAUUCCACAGUUGAAGAUACACAGCUACGCAUCAAAGCUUUAGUACAAGCUUAUCCAUCAGUGGGAAUUACUUGGCAAAAGAAUGGUAUCCGUUUAAGACCCAGUCGUCGGAUAAUCGUAACAUUGGAUCACGAUGGCAGAACCGAAUUAACGAUAGCUAACGUUAAACCUCAAGAUUCGGGUAUUUACACCUGUACCGCAACGAAUGCUAUAGGAAGUGCUGAGACAAACACCAGAAUAGAAGUGUUUUCGAAACACAGCGAACCAUCUGAUUCGAAUUCUCAAACACCUGACGAAUUAUACUCCAAAGAACCUAAAUUCCUCGUUAAACCUCGUUCUUGUAAAGCUCACGAAGGAGAUCAUGUCAUUAUCGAAUGUGAAAUCAUCGGUGAUCCAAAACCACACGUAACCUGGCUUCGAGAUCGAUUAAAACUUGAAUAUUAUCGAGACUGCGACGACUUCAAGUUAUCCUCCGCCGGUUCAUACUACCAAUUAGAGAUACCACGAGCUAGAUUCGAUCAUACAGGAGCAUACACGGUGACAGCCAGCAACGAGCAUGGCGAAACUAAAGCCUUAGUUUCGUUACAAGUUUACUCCAAAGAUUUACUCGCCGAUACAGAGACCGAAGCUGGAAUGCCAAACGAAACUAUGAAAUAUAGUCAAGUGGAAAAAAUACCUAAAAUAAAGAAACACCUAUCCGACAUCAAAUGCUGCGACGGUGACUCGGCUACUUUCGAAUGUGAAAUUCAUACCGAAGGCGAUACCUCCAAUGUUGAUUUUCGAUGGUAUAAAAACGGAAGGUUGAUACCACUUGGAAACGACUUCGAAGCCAUUGAAAACGGAAGUGUCGCUAAGCUGAUCAUCAAACACGUUUAUCCGGAAGAUGAAGGUCGAUACAGUUGCAUAGCCAAUAAUAAUCUUGGAAAUGCAACAACUACAGCGUGUUUAAUCGUCGAUGUCCCUGAAGAAAAAGAGAACUUACUCAGCAGACAAUUGAACAGGCCAUCCGGCGUCAGCAGAUCAAGAGGAUCGACACCAUUAUCGAUACCGAAAGAUUCAUCGCGAACUACUUCACCUGCAGACGACGCAUCAGCUCUCCGAAUUGGCCACCGGUUCCGUAGAAGAACAGCUCCAAAAUUUUAUGCAGUGCCUCAUAACAAAAUAGCUGAACUCGGGCAGACGGUACGAUUCCAAUGUGCUCUCAGUGGUCAUCCGGAACCGACGACAACGUGGGACAAAAAUGACACAGUUAUCACUCCAACUUCUCGUAUUUCGAUACAAGAACGAGACGAUCUCAGGAUACUGGAAAUAGCUAACAUUACCGCCGAAGACGAAGGUCUUUAUCGGAUAGUUGUUGAAAAUGAAGUAGGACGAUGCGAAGCCACCGCUCGAUUAGAUAUUAUGAAUCAUCGAAAUAGACAAACUAAUGGUACGAGGACGCGCACAUCGGAUGGUUCUUUCAGUCGUCAUACCAUUGGUAAAGUUGCCAAUGUUGGCGGUAAAUGCACAAUUUCGUGUAAUGUACCGGAUGCGUCUUCGUCUACGUCGACCUCUUGGUAUAAAAACGGCGAAUCUCUAAAAACCACCCAAAACAUAACUCCGCAUUGUGAUAAAACUUCGGCUCGUUUACAAUUUGAUAACUUGACGACCGAUGACUCAGGCGUAUACACCUGUAUAACCGAGAAUAACUCCGGAUUAACUAGAUGUUCCGCCGAGUUGAUAGUACUCGAUGACUAUAACAACAAUAACAUGGAUCUUCAGCCACCAGUUUUCGUUACCGGUUUACCACCGCGAUCUUCCACAAUUGAAGGGAACCCAUUUGAAUUUAAAAUUAAAUUACAAGGUGAACUUCCGAUGCAAAUUACGUGGUACAAGAAUGGUGAAAAGUUACCAAACUGCGAUGAUUUCCAAUACAUCGAUCAUAAUAACGGAGAAUUUAGUUUGAGACUGAACGACGUAUUUUUAGCUGACUCCGGAUCGUAUAAAUGUGAAGUUUAUAAUUGCUACGGAGAUGCUACAUCGACAGGUCAAUUGGCAGUUCAAGAGGAACAACCGUUCAUUGAUAAAUCGCCAUUUAAUUGUAAAUCCAUUCUCCCCUGCAAUGGUCAUUUCACUCCUGCCAUUGUAACCGAAGGUCCAAUUGAUAUGAUAGCUUUACGAGGUGAUACGGUUUCGUUAAAAGUCACAUAUGCCGGAGAUCCGGAACCAUCGCUUAGAUGGAUAAAAGCUGGACGACAAUUACUGCCUGACAAACGAAUCUCAAUAAAUACUGAAAAUGGGUCUUCGGUAUUGAAAAUCGAACGAGUAACUGCCGACGAUGGAGGUAAAUAUGAGAUUUGUGCCGAAAACGUCCAAGGAAACGAUACCCAUACCACGUCUUUGGCUGUCGAAGGAUCACCAGAUGCUCCAAAAGGUCAACCAAAUUCAGUAGCAGGAGAUAGAUGCGCAACGGUUACUUGGCAAAGUCCUCCAUACGACGGUGGCAGUAUCAUAACCGGUUACACGAUAGAAAUGCGUUCGUAUUUAAAUUCAUCGUGGAGAAAAGUCAUGGAAAAUUGCCAUUCGUUAUUCUGCACGAUACGAGGUUUAAUCCCCGGCGAAUCUUACAUCUUUCGAAUUCGAGCUGAAAACAAGCACGGUUUAAGCAACCCCAGUAUGGAAUCCAUUCCUACUUAUAUCACUCACGCAGAUAUUUGCUCGCCAAUUGAACCGAAACGAGUGUACAUACAAAAUGGAGAAACAUUCAAAGACCAUUACGAAGUAUUAGAAGAGCUUGGCAAAGGUCGAUACGGUAUAGUGCAUAAAGUACGCGAUAAAGAAUUUGGAAACUAUUACGCGGCCAAGUUCGUCCGAUGCAUUAAAUCCAAAGAUAAAGAAAAAGUACGAGAAGAAAUAACCAUUAUGAAUCAACUGAAACACCCUAAACUAUUGCAACUAAUGGCUGCUUACGAGAAUGUGAAAGAAAUGAUGAUGGUUACCGAAUAUAUCAGCGGUGGUGAAUUAUUCGAAAGAGUUGUAGCUGAUGACUUUACACUGACGGAACGCGAUUGCAUUUUAUUUAUGAAACAAAUCUGCGAAGGUGUAGCGUACAUUCAUAAGAAUAAUGUUGUCCAUCUUGAUCUAAAGCCUGAAAACAUAAUGUGUGUUUCGAGAAUAUCGCAUCAAAUUAAAUUAAUAGACUUCGGAUUAGCUCAAAAAAUCUCACCUGAUACUCCAGUCAGAGUAUUAUUCGGUACGCCGGAAUUCAUACCACCGGAGAUCAUCAACUACGAGCCAAUUGGAACGGAGACCGAUAUGUGGUCUGUCGGUGUUAUAUGUUACGUGUUAUUAUCGGGAUUAUCUCCUUUCAUGGGUGAAAACGACGCAGAAACUUUUGCAAAUAUUACCCGAGCUGAUUUCGAUUUUGAUGAUGAAGCAUUCGACGCUAUAUCAGACGACGCCAGAGAUUUCAUUUCAUCUUUAUUACUUAAAAGGAAAGAAAAACGAUUAACCGCCAAGCAGUGCCUGCAUCAUAAAUGGUUAGCUCAGCAUGAUAAAACAAUGAGUUGCGUGAAAUUGUGUACAGAUAAACUGAAGAAAUUCAUAAUUAGACGUAAAUGGCAGAAAACUGGAAACGCCAUCCGUGCCCUAGGACGCAUGACAAACUUAUCACGACGAAGUUCCAAUACUACUAGUUCAAGUUCGUCAAGCAGCCCUAGAGUCAGUUUAUCCGGCGCAUAUUCAUCGAGAAUGUCCAGCCUAGGAGAAGAUGCGGCGUUUGUUGUCGAUAACGAAAAUGGUGCAAAAAAUGAAAUCGUUUCUAGGAAUAAUAGCGACGAAUUGAAAAAUUACGAAAUCGACGAUAAUUGCAACACAACGAGCGAAUCAACUACGUACGAUGAACCAAUCACAGAACCAAUUAAUACAAGCAAUAUAACAAAUGAAAAUAAACCUAGUAAACAAUUUAAAUUAGAAAAUCCACCUAAGAGUUUACAUAAAUCCGUUGUAUUCAAAGAAACCUAUAGUUCUGAACUACCUCCUAUGAACAAUGGUCAAGCAUCGCGAUUGCGUUGUAAUAAUGACGAUUCUUCGUCGAAAAAUUCUUACAACGGUAUAAGUAAAUUAAAAACUGAUGCUAUUAGUUCCUCGAGUGAUGCAAAUAAAAUUAAGACUUCACUUUUAAAAUCUUCAGCAGUAGAAUCAAGUUCUCAAAAUAAUAAUUUGAGUUCUGAUCGUUCAUCGCUGAAAUUAGAUAAUGCUAUUAAAAGUAAAUAUAGUUGUAGCGUUGUGCCGAGUGACGAUUGUACUAAUAAUUCUAAAUCUAUUAACGGUAAAAAUAAUUUAUUAAAUAGAAAUUUAAAUUCUAAUAAAAUUUCCAAAUUUUCCGAUACAGCCAAGAUUAAAACGGCGGAACGGUUAAAGAUGUUUGAACAGUUAUCUACACCUACAGGUACAACGAAGACUAAGAAAGAAAAUUUUGUAAAUACGAGUAAUAAAACCAAUUUUCAAAAAGCUAUUGCGUUUUGGAAUCGCGAAUGAAUGCAGAGCGUCAGUUAGAUUACACCAAAUUUAAUUUCGUUUUUCCUCAUAUUUUUUUUUGUCCUUCAUUGUGUUAAUAUUUUUGUGUUAUUUUGUUUGCCAUUCUUAAUUAUAUUUCUUUUAAAUAAAAGUUUUCAUGUAUUGUGUUUAAA